AGAUUGGUCUUGCAUUCUGCUUUUGGAGAAGUAGAAAUUGAUGAAAACUAAUUCUGUGGAGAAAUCAGAGAAACCAGGAGGCACAUUUUGGGCAUUUCAUCUUUACUCAUUUCAGAAAAGUACCAACAUGUAUACUGGAGAGAAAUUCUACAAGAGCCCUCAAUAUAGGAAAGCUUUUAAUAAAAGCUCAAAACUCAUUUUACAUCAGAGAAUUCAUGUUGGAGAAAACCCUUAUGAAUGCAAUAACUGUGGGAAAGGUUUCCAUCAUAGGUCAAAACUUAAGAUACAUCGGAGGGCACAUACUAGAAAAAAUCCUUAUCAAUGCAAUGACUGUGGGAAAAUGUUUAUUAAUGACUCAAAACUUAUUUUACAUCAGAGGAUUCAUACUGGUGAGAAGCCUUUUAAAUGUAAUGAUUGUGGGAAAGUCUUCAGUCACAGGUCAAAACUCAUUAUACACCAGAGAAUUCAUACUGGUGAGAAGCCUUUUAAAUGUCAUGAUUGUGGGAAGGCCUUUAAUCAGAAUUCCUACCUCCUUCAACACCAGAGAAUUCACACUGGUGAGAAGCCAUUUAAAUGUGAUGAUUGUGGGAAGGCCUUUAAUCAGAAUUCCCACCUCCUUCAACACAAGAGAAUUCAUACUGGUGAGAAGCCAUUUCAAUGUCAUGAUUGUGGGAAGGCCUUUAAUCAGAAUUCCAACCUCUCUGUUCACCAAAGAAUUCAUACUAGUGAGAGGCCAUUUCAAUGUAAUGAUUGUGGUAAGGCCUUUAAUCGGAGUUCCCACCUCCUUCAACACCAGAGAAUUCAUACUGGUGAGAAGCCAUUUAAAUGUGAUGAUUGUGGGAAGGCCUUUAAUCAGAGUUCCCACCUCCUUCAACACCAGAGAAUUCAUACUGGUGAGAAGCCAUUUCAAUGUCAUGACUGUGGGAAGGCCUUUAAUCAGAGCUCCCACCUCCUUCAACACCAGAGAAUUCAUACUGGUGAGAAGCCAUUUCAAUGUCAUGAUUGUGGGAAGGCCUUUAGUCAGAAUUCCAACAUCUCUGUUCACCAAAGAAUUCAUACUAGUGAGAGGCCAUUUCAAUGUAAUGAUUGUGGGAAGGCCUUUAAACAGAGUUCCCACCUCCUUCAACACCAAAGAAUUCAUACUGGUGAGAAGCCAUUUCAAUGUCAUGAUUGUGGGAAGGCCUUUAAUCAGAGCUCCCACCUCCUUCAACACCAGAGAAUUCAUACUGGUGAGAAGCCAUUUGAAUGUAAUGAUUGUGGGAAGGCCUUUAAUCAGAGUUCACAUUUAAUUGUCCAUCAGAGAAUUCAUACUGGAAAGCUUAUUAAAAAAUCAUGAAUGUGGUAAAGAUUUCAAUAAGAGAACAAACUUCCUGGUACAUCAGAGAAUUCACACUGGUGAGGAACCUUAUAAACGUGAAGGCUGUGAGAAAGUCCUCAGUUUUCAGUCAUAUUUUCUUGACCAUCAGAGGGCCCAUAUUGGUGAGAAACUUUAGUAAUGUGAUAAAUAUGCCAAAGGGCUCUGUAAGCAUCUAGUACUCAUUGAUCAUCUUAUCAUGUUAGAUAUAAACCUUUUCCGUACGCUUCUUGUGACAAUGUUUUGGUACGAAAUACAAAAUUUUCUACAUUAGAAAACUCGUGCUGAAAAAAAGCUUUCAUUUGAAAAAAAAGUUUCAUUUGGCUGUGUGAUAAUCAUGAAAUGUGUUUCUGUUAUGUAGCCCAAUAAUGAAAUCAAUUUUUUAUUUCAUUCUUUACCUCAUUUUUGACACUCAGAUAAUACAAACCAUUUAUAUUUAUUAUUUUUAUUAAUAUAUUUU